AUGAACAAAACUAUAUGUCCCUUCCAACUCCCAGAUGACCCUCUCUGCUUCACACAGCCCUCAUUUCCAUUUUACUUCUCUCCCAAACCAAGACUCCUGGAUGGCAUCUCCGACUACGCUCUUACGGUCGUUUCGCCCCUGGUUGCCUACUGGUCUCUGUCUCUCUUCUUCCACUACCUGGACAUGUCAGACUGGAAGUGGCUCGAGAAAUAUAGGAUCCACGAAUCGGCAGAGGUCAAGUCCAAGAACCUAGUGUCAAGGUCGCAUGUCGUGUGGGCGGUUAUUGUCCAGCAAAUUAUCCAGACAGCCUUGGGGUUACUGUGGUUGGAUUCGGAAGGGAGCGUGCACACUCCUAACCAUGCCAAGGAGCUCGGAAGAAUCGCCACAAUGCUGUAUGGGGUAUUGGGUGACAGGUUGAGUCCUUGGGCUCUUGCAAGGGUAUCAAAUUUUGUGUAUUGGUGGGCGAUUCCGAUUGCGCAGUUCAUGGCCGCAAUCUUCAUCAUUGAUACUUGGCAGUACUUCCUGCACCGGGGGAUGCACAACAAUAAAUUCCUUUACAAGCAAUUCCACUCGUGGCAUCACAGGCUUUACGUACCGUAUGCCUUUGGAUCGCUGUACAAUCAUCCCGUAGAAGGAUUCAUUCUUGACACCUGUGGAGCGCUACUUGCGGAGUGGGCUACGCGCCUAAGUACUCGUCAGGCAAUGCUGCUGUUUAUCUUUUCCACCUUGAAGACCGUCGACGAUCACUGCGGUUAUUCACUCCCUUGGGAUCCUCUGCAGAUGCUGACGGGCAACAAUGCUGACUAUCAUGACAUUCAUCACCAGGUCAUUGGGAUCAAAUCGAACUUUGCGCAGCCAUUUUUUGUGCACUGGGACAUCCUACUGGGCACAAGGAUGACAAGGCAAGACAUCGAGCGCCGUCGUCAAAAGGCUACCAAAAAGGAAUGA